CCCAGACCCUGAACCAUGGACGCGAAUCAAAAUGACGAGCUUUACCCCAUCGCCGUGCUCAUCGACGAGCUCAAGCACGACGACGUUAUCCUCCGCCUGAACGCCAUCCACCGACUAAACACAAUUGCCCUCGCCCUAGGCGCCGAGCGGACACGAGAGGAACUCAUACCGUUUCUAGAUGAGUCGGUUGAGGACGAGGACGAGGUUCUCACAGCAUUGAGCGAGGAACUUGGCAAGUUUGUCGAGUACGUCGGCGGCCCAGAGCAUGCACACGUGCUUCUGUCGCCUCUCGAGAACCUUGCAGCAAUAGAAGAGCCCCUUGUCCGGGAAAAGGCUGUCGAAUCGCUCAACAAGAUCUGCGAAGAGCUGUCGCAGCAGCAGAUUGAAGAAAACUUCAUACCCCUCGUCUUGCGCCUAUCUAAAGCCGACUGGUUCACCUCAAAGAUCUCCGCGACGGGACUCUAUCAGACCCCCUACACUCGCGCUACACCCCCUUCACAAGAAGCCCUCAGGCAGCACUACGGCCAGCUAGUGCACGAUGAUACCCCCAUGGUACGGAGACAGGCGGCAAACAACCUCGCCAAGUUCAUCAAGGCCAUGCCGCCGUCCAUUGUCAUCGAAGAGAUGAUUCCCCUCUUCCAGCACCUCGCCGCAGACGACCAGGACAGUGUCCGACUCCUGACUGUCGACAUCCUCAUCGCGAUCGCCGAAGCGGUACCCAAGGAGCAACAGUCGAGCCAUGGUGUUCUCCUGACUGCGCUGCGGAGUCUGUUCGAGGACAAGAGCUGGAGGGUGCGGUAUAUGGUAGCAGACCGAUUUGAGAAGAUUGCGAAAGCCGUCGACGAGGAAGUUGUCAACCGCGACCUUGUGCCAGCCUUUGUCAAGCUUCUCAAGGAUACAGAGGCCGAGGUACGCAGCGCCAUUGCAGGACAAAUUCCAGGUUUCUGCGCGCUGUUGGAGCGUGAGACCCUUCUACACGAGGUUAUGCCUAGCAUAGAGGAGCUGGUCUCCGAUCAGUCUCAGCAUGUUCGCGCUGCGCUUGGCACCCAGAUUAGUGGACUCGCUCCAAUCCUUGGAAAGGAAGAGACCAUUUCGCAUCUCCUUCCCAUGUUCCUGCAGAUGCUCAAGGACGAAUUCCCCGACGUUCGCCUAAACAUCAUCUCCAAGCUCGAGUCUGUCAACAACGUCAUCGGCAUCGAGCUCCUCUCGCAGUCCCUCCUCCCCGCUAUCGUCCAACUUGCCGAGGACAAGCAAUGGCGCGUACGCCUGGCAAUCAUCGAAUACGUUCCUCUCCUCGCGUCGCAACUCGGUGUGCAGUUCUUCGAUGAGAAGCUUAGCAGCCUAUGCAUGAGCUGGCUCGGCGAUACCGUCUUCUCGAUCCGUGAGGCGUCGACUCAGAACUUGAAGAAGCUUACGGAGGUCUUCGGUGUAGAGUGGGCCAACGAUGCUAUCGUUCCCAAGGUCAUGGCUAUGGGCCAGCACCCCAACUACCUCUACCGAAUGACUACAUGCUUCGCCGUCUCAACACUGGCGCCUGCACUGAGUCUGGAUGUCAUUGAACAGUCCAUCAUCCCCAUGAUGGACAAGCUGGUCAAUGACGAUAUCCCCAACAUCAGAUUCAACGUGGCGAAGUCAUAUGGUCAGCUCAUCAACACGCUCAAGCAGCUGCCUGAGCAAGGUACUGUCAUCGCUCUCGAGAAGGCUGGUACACCGGGCCAGGGUUGCCAGAAGGCUACAGAUGUCAUUACCAAGAGCAUCCUGCCGAACCUCGAGAAGCUCCAGCAAGACGACGAUGUAGAUGUACGAUACUUUGCGACGACGGCCGCACAAAGUUUCACGGAUGCGAUGCAGACUUAGAAGAUCCAGCUUCGUCCGUGUUCUUGAAUGUGCAGAAUGACAUCAUGAAUAGCAUCAACGAUGGUUAAUGAUAUGGAACGGCUGCAAAGAAGGGCAUGGCGGUGAGAAAACAGCGUAAGCCGAAAGCCCUGUAGGUGUAGUUCCAAGCUUUGUUUUAUGAGAGUUGAGUGGGCUAGUAGUUGGGCUCACUGGCAAUAAACCACAAAGAUUACCCAGUUAGAAUCAUUCCUGACAGAUUCGCAAUGCAUACUUUGGCGUUAUC